AUGCUGCCCGGUCUCAUCCUACACUCCAUUGGUACAAUAUUUGCAAUAUGCAUUUUUAGCAAGAAACUAAAAGCUCACGAUUCAAUAUUAGGAAUAACUUCAAUGGCCAGCAAGAUAUUAGGCACUAUCGUGAUAAUGUUUGCCAUACAAGAUUAUCAAGCCUAUUUGCAUCCACUCUUGGAAAUGUUAUACGGGACGACAACUAUUGCGUUGAGAUCUCUUUGUUCGAAGUUGGUGUCACAUCAAGAACUAGGUAGAUUGAAUUCACUGGUUGGUGUAGUGGAAGCUUUAACGCCGGCAAUAUAUGCACCACUAUAUAGCAGGAUAUAUAUCGCUACAAUUGACUAUUUACCUGGAGCUGUGUUUAUCCUUAGUAUAGUAUCCUCUAUACCCGCUUUGGUUAUAUUCAGCGACAGCCUCCAGAUACAAUUCAUUGGUUUAUUCCGGAAAACAAUAGAUAGACCAAAAUGUAGGGAAACGGGGGCUAUCACAUCACAUCCAAAUCCAAAACUAGCAAUCUGUGAUUUCCCACAAACUUCAAUUCAGUUCCUAAUUUAA